AUGAAGGCAGAAGAUUUUUGGCCCGGUGGUUCAGUGAUGGCAGACCCGUUAAAAGGGGGAAACGACAACGAUCCUCUAUCCUUCUUGAAUCUGUCGCCAACAGUAAACCGAGAAAUGGAAGUUGGGAUAUAUCAGCAGGUGUUGAAUGGUGAACUUGACCUUGAAUCAGACCCAUGGCCAAGUAUAUCUGAAAGUGCAAAAGAUCUUCUUAGAGGAAUGCUCGUAAGAAACACCAAAAAGUGGAUGACAGCAAAUCACCCAUGGAUUCAAGCUGAUGGUGUUGCUCCAGAUAAGCCUCUUGAUACUGUUGUUCUAUCUCGCUUGAAGCAGUUUUCUGCCAUGAACAGAAUCAAGAAGAUAGCCAUAAAAGUUAUUGCUGAGAGUCUAUCUGAAGAGGAAAUUGUUAGAUUGAAAGAGAUGUUCAAAAUGAUGGACACAGAUGGCAGUGGUCAAAUCACAUUAGAGGAAUUAAAGGAAGGGUUGGUAAAAGCAUGCGCCAACUUUAAGGAUUUAGACAUGAACAAACUUAUGGAAGCGGCGGAUAUCGACAACGAUGGAACGAUAGACUAUGGGGAAUUUUUGAUUUUUAAUUUUUAG